AUUAGAGGGGUAGUGUAGAAAAGAAAGAGGAAAGAGUAUAGAUUUACAGGUGAAGACCGUCUGCUUGACGUCUGCUGUGAUAUACGAACGAUGUUAAUGUUGAUAUUUUCACUGGCUUUGUUAGUUGUUGAAGUAAGUCCAGAAUGUGCGGGCGGGGUGGAUUUUCAAAACGUCCUCAAUAGUUUCUACUUAAACAGCAAUACUAUCUGUCGGAAUUCAUCAACGUUUGUCAACGCAAUUUCUUCGAGAUAUUGCUGUGCCUUUGAUUCCAUAAGUUGUCCAGUUGUGAAACAAUUGACUGAACACUUUUACAGAAUUUACCAAACUGAACACCAGUUCUAUUAUUUAUGCUUCUACAACUCCUUCAAUGCCAUUAGUUAUGCAUGUAAGUGUGGCAACCCAAUAAACAAAAUAUGUGGGAUCAGAAGAGAAAGUCCAAAUUUCUCAUCCAACAUUAUGGCGUACAUAAUUGGAGGAAGAGAAGCAAAAGACUGUGAAUUUCCAUGGAUGGCUUUUAUCAAAAGUAGGAAUCAAAUAUGUGGAGGAUCUUUAAUUGAUAACCGGCAUAUAAUUACAGCUGCCCAUUGUGUAGAGAACAGACAACCAGGUGAAAUAUUUGUGUCACUGGGAACAAACGACAAAGAGUUUAUAAGAAGGGUCUAUGUAUCAGCAGUGAAAAUCAACCCCUCCUAUAAGGACCGCCAGUAUCAUAUAGUCAGUGACAUUGCAGUUCUAACUCUGUCGGAAAAAAUCUUGCUGUCGACAUGCAUCAAUCCAGUGUGUCUCCCUGUCAUGGAAUUUCCCCUCUCAAACACUGAAAACUGUUUCGUUACUGGAUGGGGAAAAGAUGCAGAAGCUGGUAAUGUCCAGAGAUACCUCCAUAAAGUCAGAAUUCCAAUAUGGAACAAUACAAUGUGUGAAAAAUAUGCUUUUGGAUUCAGUGCCGGCAUGUUGUGUGGUGGCUACAUUAAUGGUGGCAAAGACUCUUGUGGUGGAGAUUCUGGAGGACCCUUGAUAUGCCCAUCAAACAAUCGUUGGGUACUGACUGGUAUUGUCUCUUAUGGAAUGGGAUGUUCCAGACCUCAUUCCCCUGGUGUCUACACAGAUGUACGAUAUUAUUUAAACUGGAUACAAAAAACCAUUAACUGAAGAUCUUCCAGUCUUUUACUCUUUGUCCCAGUUUUGUUACUUUUUUUUAAAGAAAUAAAAAAAAUUAGUUUUCU